AAGUCUCGCGUACCUUUGAGAAAGACCAACACCACUGGAUUGAGUAAUACAAGCGUCGUUGGAACACAGUCGUGGUGCAAGAUGAUGGCGUGGGAACCAACUUCAACCAAGGCCUUUUGUAAGUUUAUUGUUUUCUUCCCUACUUGUCGGAGUACGCUGUACCUCCCUUUUCGGAUAUGUCUCUCCUUUUUGCUUCACUACAAACCACCAUCUUAGUCCCGAGCGGAACCUUUCAAGGCGGAAGCAUCUUGCGGCGCUCUCCUCUGGUGGAGGCAGCACUGUGGUUUUGGGUACCAUAAACAAUGCGCCCGCCAUUUUGAAGAUCAUGCCGCCGACAGAUCCUCUAUCGGAACGGGAAGGAGAUAUUCUUACCAGGCUGAAGAGCCAGGUAUUACAUACUGAACGACAACGGGUUCAGGGAACAACUGGCUCGAAUUGCCACCGGCAGUCAAAUGCCGCAACAAUCACCAAUCGCCCACGACAAUGGACUGAAGUGCUCCCUGACUGGAGUCGGCGGGGCCUGGACGAAGGAAGCGUUUUUUUGUCAUUUGAUCGCCUCUCUGACAGUAACGACUACGUGUACGCAUACAAGACCGGUAAAAUCCCCGCCAAAGUGCAUCCUGCACAUUUCGCCGACAAUCUCCGUGUCGUACUCAGAGGAGUGAAUCAGUAUCUUGGUUUCCAACGUAGCGGUAACGUCAGCAAUUCCUCUCAGUGCCAAAUGGUGCAAAGAUGGAUAGCACACAUAAGGACCCACGCGUACCGCAGCGCGUAUCACUGGCAGACUCCCCAGCACUGUUUACCGCUGUCCACAAUAUUGAACCGCCCUGCCAUGUCGACGGUACCGGCCUGGUUAGAGGAGAUAGAAGAUGUCGACCCCGAGGAAAAUGACUCUGAUGUCGAGGAGGAUAGUUCCAACAUUCCGCGUCCUGCGUUGAUGGAGCUUGAUUUGGGCCGGAUCGCCAACACCAACUGCGACGGGAUCACCAACACUAAAUGCGACGGGAUUGCCAACGAGACACUGCCCGAUCGUACUCGCUGGCAGGUUUAUGAAGCCUUCUCGGUUCAGGCAAUGAGGAACGAGUGUAAGGCAAAGAAGCUCCAAUCGGUGGGCAAUCGCGCUCAACUGUUGAAGCGAUUGAACGACAAGCAAGUUUUCAACUGCCGGCCAGCCAAUUUCGCGACCUUCUCGUCCCCGCGGUUAACGGCCAGCGGGCCAGAGCGGAUAUCCCGGCAUCGGCUAUCGCCGACUUAUUCCGCACCCUUUUACUAGCUUCAUGGCACCGGCGCGUCGAAUUCUAAUGCGCAGCUUUUACUUCGCCUGUACCUCGUGUUGUCGGCUUAUAUGCGUACUAUGGGAGCAUUAGGGUCAGCGCCAAACGGGACAUUUCAAUAGAAAGGCUGCUUUUCCCUCUGACGUGUGAAAAGAAAAACCAAGCAUCU